GGAAUUUCGAAUUUCAAAAGAAGCGCUCAUAUUUUCACAAGCAAAGCCCAUCUCUCUGCAUAAAGCGGAAAAACACUGUUUCACUUUCCCCGGAAGCUGCCGAAAGGCAACUUCGCAGCGCCUUUCUUGUAUCACCGAUGGCGAGGGAAAAUGACAACGGCAAUACUUAUGAGGAGGCUCGCAAGCUUCGGCUUGAGGAAAACAAAAAGCGCUUCAAGGACUUGGGAAUUUCAAAUUUAACAGAAAGCCUGUCUAAUCUCACUUCUCCUGAGAAGAAAACCAAGCAACGCCUUUCAAAGCCAAAAUCAGCAAUUACUGAGCUCAUUGAACCAAGACGCUCUACUCGAACACGAAACCCAAUUAUUUCCUAUGGGGAUGAUGUCGACUUCGACGAACGACCUUUACGUAAGAGAUCUAAAUCAAGUUCGUCAUCAUGGACAAGCUAUAUUGCAAGGCCAUUAAAUGAAGUUAAACUAGCAUCUUAUGAAGAUCGAACUCGAGCCCUUAGUGUUGCAAGGGAAUUUGAGAGUAAUCUGCAAUCUGGAAAUCCAUCUUUUGUCAAAUCAAUGGUUCGGUCUCAUGUUUAUAGCUGUUUUUGGUUGGGGCUCCCUACUGACUUUUGCAAGCACCAUCUUCCAAAAAAAGACUCCGACUUGAUACUUGAGGAUGAAAAUGGUGCUGAAUACGAUGCAAAAUAUCUUGCCCAGAGAACUGGGCUUAGUGGUGGUUGGAGAGCAUUUGCGUUGGAUCAUAAAUUAGAUGAUGGGGAUGCUGUUGUAUUUGAAUUGGUAGAGAAACACAAGCUUAAGGUUUACGCAUUUAGAAUACGGUCACCGCAGAUCACUCAAAACGGCUGUGAUGCUGAAGAGGAAGAUACGAAGACGGAGUCCAUUGAGAAAAAUGAGUGUAUUGCCGAAGAAGAAGAUAACAAGACGGACUUCAUUGAGCAAAAUGAUUUAGUUGCUGAAGAAAACAAAAAGGAGAAAUCAGGUAGAGAAAAGAAGGCAGAUUCAGUUGACAAAGAGGCUAAACAAAAAGGUGUUAAGAAGGCUAGAAAGAAACCUGAACCUAAAUUAUUCAGGAGAAAGUGAAAUGUAAAGCCAGCUUAAUCACUCUUCAUCAAUCCUUAGCUAUGUCCUCUUACUCAGAUCUCUAAUUGUCCACCAUAUUUAAUCCAAAUUCCUCGUUAAUUAUCAGUUGCUAUUAAAUUGAGACGGAUCCCAAGAACAAUCUGUAUUUGGUUUACUGGCAGAAAUACAUUUUCUUGUAUCAUCUUUGAAUAUUGAAAACUUAAAGUAAAUCAGAAGCUUAUAAAUA